AUAUGCUGACAAUUUCAAGCGUGUCUGGUUUGGUAGUGCGCAUUUCGAUUGUGAUUGUGGGUCUUUCCCUUUGCCGACUCGCUUACGCUAGGUAGCUAGCUCCUUCCUGCGUAAUUAGAAACAAACACAACAAGUAAAGUCUCUCACCCAGAUUCAGAUCUGCAAAAAAGGCUUCAUUCAUUUACUCACUCACUCACACAUCGAGGACGGUGAUGAUGAUGAUGGAGCCUCCUCCACGCUCCUUCUUCCUCCUCCUCCUCCUCCUCCCCCUCCCAACCCUCUCCGAGAUCCGCUCCUCCUUCAUGCGCAACGACGACCACCCCAUCGUCCCCUUCGACCAAUUCGGUUUCACCCACAAAGGCCGCCUCGAACUCAACGUCUCCAAGAUCUCCCUCUCCAACUCCAAUCUCGACCUCUCCAAAGUCGGCUUCUUCCUCUCCACUCUCGACUCAUGGCUUCACGUCCUCCAACAACUCGAAGACGGCGAGAUCCGCUGCGCUCUCCAAUCCGACCUCGUCAAAUCCGUCUUCACCUUCAACUCCCUCAACGGCCGCGACUCCUUCUCCACCGUCUACUCCCAAACCGACGCCGAUCAGUACAAUCUCGUCUUCGCCAAUUGCCACCCUCAACAGCUCAAAAUCACCAUGGAUGUCCGAUCCGCCAUGUACAAUCUCGACGGCAGAUCCAACCAACGCGACUACCUCUCCGCCGGGAGAACCGUGCUUCCUAGGGUUUACUUUCUCUUAUCGCUCAUCUACUUCGCCCUCGCCGCCGUCUGGAUCAGUGUUCUCUACAAGAAACGGUUAACCGUUUUCCGAAUCCAUUACUUCAUGCUCGCGGUUAUCAUCAUGAAAGCGUUGAAUCUGCUUUGUGAAGCGGAGGAUAAAUCGUACAUCAAGCGCACCGGAACCGCGCAUGGUUGGGAUAUUCUCUUCUACAUCUUCAGUUUUCUCAAGGGGAUCUCGCUUUUCACUUUGAUUGUGUUGAUUGGAACUGGAUGGUCUUUUCUCAAACCCUUUCUUCAGGAUAAGGAGAAGAAGGUUCUCAUGAUUGUGAUUCCGCUUCAGGUUGUUGCUAACAUUGCUCAGGUGGUGAUUGAUGAGAGUGGACCUUAUGGUCAUGAUUGGGUUACUUGGAAACAGGUUUUCCUCCUUGUGGAUGUUGUUUGUUGCUGCGCCGUGCUCUUUCCGAUUGUCUGGUCUAUUAAGAAUCUCCGCGAGGCUGCGAGAACCGACGGGAAAGCUGCGGUUAAUUUGAUGAAAUUGACGCUGUUUAGGCACUACUAUGUUGUGGUUAUUUGCUACAUUUACUUCACUAGGGUUGUGGUUUAUGCUUUGGAGACGAUAACGUCGUAUCCUUAUUCGUGGACUAGCGUGGUUGCUGCGGAGCUGGCCACGCUGGCUUUCUAUGUGUUUACGGGUUACAAGUUCAAGCCGGAGGCUCAUAAUCCUUAUUUUGUGAUCGACGAAGAGGAGGAGGCCGCCGCAGAGGCUUUGAAGCUUGAGGAUGAGUUUGAAUUGUGAUUUUGCGCUUGAAGAAAAAGGUUUUGCAAAAAAAGUAGAGGAUGAUGAUGGUUGAAUUGAAUUAUGGAAGGCAUUAUUAUUGAUAUGCUGCUCUCUCAGCAAUGUUCAGGUUUCAUCUCAACAUCAGCUAGGAAUUUUCAUGUUACAUUUUGUGAUCUGUAUACUGCAUUUAGUAUUCAUAAACCCCUGUGCUAUAUUUUUCUGUGUUCUGGACUAUUUGCCAGUUAUUAUUUGAACUAGUGUCAUAAUAUCAUAUAGACUCUUGUGUAGUUCUGUGAACCAUGUAUUUACUUCUAAGUGUUGAUACUAAUACCUUGCUGUCGUUUACAGCUUCUUUA